AAGAAAGAGCCCACUAGGAAGACCAAGACAUAGUUGGUGAUUCCUGGCCCAGCCCCUCACUGCCCUUCAGGAUGGAGCUCCAAGACAAUUAUGAUUCAAACUACUCCAUCUGGCAACCUCAGGCCAGGGAGGCACCACGAUUAAUGGGGUGGAAUGUGCCUGCUGAUGAGUUGGUCCACAUCCCGUCACACUGGCUGAAAUUCUCUGAGGUGGAUCCUAUGAUGCACUACUCGCUUGGACUCGUGUAUUGUUUCUUCUGGGUUGCUGCUCUUACUGGCAAUGGACUUGUCAUUUGGAUUUUCACUACAACAAAGACACUUCGGACCCCCUCGAACAUGUUUGUGGUAAAUCUGGCAAUACUGGACUUCCUGAUGAUGACCAAGGCACCCAUCUUCAUCUACAAUUCGUUCAAUAAGGGAUUUUCUGCAGGACACUUGGCUUGCCAGAUCUUUGCAUUCAUUGGAUCCUGUUCAGGCAUUGGUGCUGCGCUAACUAAUGCCUGCAUUGCUUAUGACCGAUAUACGACGAUCGCAAGACCAUUUGAUGGCAGAGUGACAAAGGGACGUGCACUUGUCAUGCUGAUAUUUGUGUGGGCAUAUACUUUGCCUUGGGCCAUUAUGCCAUUGUUGGAGGUCUGGGGACGGUUCGUACCAGAGGGCUUCCUAACGAGCUGCUCGUUCGAUUACUUGACGACGACACCUGAGAACCAGUUCUUUGUGGUAACAAUCUUCAUCUUCUCAUAUGCCCUGCCAAUGAGUCUCAUCAUCUAUUUCUACUCACAGAUCGUUAGUCAUGUGGUUAACCAUGAGAAGACGUUGCGAGAGCAGGCUAAGAAGAUGAAUGUUGAGUCGCUGCGCAGCAAUCAGCAGCAGAACCAGAUGACAGAUGAAAUCCGCAUCUCUAAAGCUGCCAUUAGCAUUUGCUUCCUGUUCGUUGCAUCUUGGACACCAUAUGCUGUGAUGGCCCUAAUUGGAGCUUUUGGAAACCAGGAUCUUCUUACGCCUAGCGUCAGUAUGAUCCCAGCAUUAAGUUGCAAAUUUGUUGCCUGCCUAGACCCGUAUGUAUAUGCUAUCAGUCACCCUAGAUACAGGUUGGAGCUACAGAAGAGACUCCCAUGGCUCAAUAUCGAUGAGACCAAGCCACAGGGUGAGACCAGCUCUGUUACCACAACCAACACCAAUAGCAGCACCACUGAAACUCCAAACUAAGCUUCUUUCAACCACCAGGGCUUAUAGCUCAGCAAGAGAAACGUCCAGCUACAGAUCAUUAUAAUCAACUGGUAUUAAGGCCACUGAAAUUUCAACAAGAUAAUUUGACAUUGCCCAUCUUUACCUGUGGUUUCUGUAUACAACCCUUCCAUUGAUUCAUUCUUACACAUCCUUAGCCUUGAGGGGCACUGAAAGAGCAGUAUCACUGAACAUGCAAGCUAGAAAGAAGAAAUGUUCUGCAAAGGCAGCUUGAUAGAAGAAAUGAUGUUAUUAUGUAGGGUAAAAUGUUCCGGAAGGACAGCAUACUAGAAUAUGCAUGUUGCUUGUUAUGGAGGUAUUCAGCAAAGACUGACCAAAGAACAGGUACCUCUGCUUGUCAUUUAUUGAUUCCAUUUUUCAUCUCUAUCUUACUGCUAACAACAGUGACUGCUAUGUAACAACAGAAGAACAAGCCUUUGUCUUACAUAUGUAAGAAUUACUUUUACAUAAAAAUAAAUUAUAAAUCCUGGACUUUAGGAAAGGUACAAAGGAAUUGUAAUUCAAUACUUUAUGAUGGUUAGAGCUUUCCUAAUUAUUUCAAAAUAUUCUCUGUGUUUGCUGGCUUCUAUGAACCAGGAAAUUGCAGAAGAUUGAUUAAAUGGAAGGAAACCCCCAUUUAAGGUUUCUUCUGGGGCCAUCAAACUAAGAAAAAUCUUAAAUGGAAGAAAUAAAAAUGAGAUUAUUGACUUGGAAUCACUGUAAUCAAGUUAUAAAUAAGAGAAACCUGUAAGUCAAGGAACAUUAAAUACAGGUUCCACUGUACAUAAUUGUGAGUCUGGUUUUGUGUUAUUUGAUCUGUUUCAGCCAGGGGUGGAAAUUACUUUUUAAGACUAGAUGGGUAUUCUAGUUCAGAACUAGGUAGAUUAUCCAGUUAGAAACUAUGUAGAUGUUGUAAUUUAGAACUAGAUAGACACUCCAGAUUAACUGCAAAGUCUGGAGGAAUAACCAACAUAUAUUAAAAGAAAAUCAUUACAUUGUAUAUUCUUGAAUAUCUUCCUGUAUGUACCUAUUGAGAAUGAUGCUUAUGAUAUCUUAAGGCACCAGAAAUGGCUUUGUCAAAAUGAAUUGCUCUAGAACUAACUAAAUGAUGUCUACCCCCAUUUCCAGUCCUGACUUUUUCUAUCUACAAGUUACUCUGCAGAGGUAAUAUCCAAAAUGCACCAUGAUUAUUUUAGAAUAUGAUCAUAAUGAAGGGGGGCCCGUGGUAGCAUGGUUGAGGCACCAUGCUACAAGCUGAAAGGACGCGAGUUCGAUUCCCA